ACAAGGAAUCACUUGUGGUCUCCUGAAUUUCCUUCUUUCUUUAUUUUAUUUGCAUUAAUUUAACUUUAAUUAAAAAAUAAUGAACUCCUCAGCACUAGUUAUCACUUUUCUAACCUGUGCUCUCUUGGCAAUAACAGAAGGAGUUCCACACCUGCAGCCCAGAUGCCUGUGUACGAAAACCACGGCACAGGAAUUCUCUGAAGAUAGAAUUGUAAAACUUGAGAUUUUUCCACCUGGUCCUCACUGCAAAGAUACAGAAGUAAUUGCUACAGUGAAAUUCCAGAGAGAAUUUAAAGUGUGCCUCAACCCUGAUAACAUUUGGGUUCAGAACAUCCUCAAAAAAAAGACCACGACACCAUAGAAUGCUACUGAACAGAAACAAGAACUGAAAUAUGUCUCAACAUCUUGAAACGCAUCUUGACAUAUUCAUUUUUAUUCCAUCAUCAUAUGAGUAAAUAGCAGUAUUCUAGCAGUAUUUUUUUUAUACAAAUGUUAUGUUUAUACAAAUUUCUAUACUGUCUUGUUAUUUAAAUAUUCAUAGUCAUGUUGUAGCUGCUUUUGCCAGUGAAUCAGAUGGCUUUAAAUAACUGGUUCAGACACUGAAAGAACAUCUCUGUAAGAUACAGAACCUUUCUUGUAGCAAUACCUUUAAUGUGAUCUGACAUUGUCAAUUAAAUUACAUUAACCCUAAAAAUAUAUCUGAAUUUUUAUUCUAUACUAUUCUAUAUAUAU